CAAUGUGCUGAAGUUUUCCGGGUUUGAGUUAGGGAAAGAGGACGAAACAUCUACAUUUUCAACGCCCAUAGCUCGUUUUAUGGGUCAGAUAACUGGAUUUUAUCGAGCUAUGUUUUGCUAAUCGAGAGCGUUCACUGCUACAUAACACAAAAACAAACGCGUAAUUUUCGAUUUAUUUAGGGACAGAAAGGUUUGUUUUUAUCACGUUUGUUUAUUUUAAGAGCUCAUAUCGCAUGUUAAUGGUGAUUAAAUUAUUGAUACCACGAUGGCAGUGAAGGCUCAGGUAUUAUAUGACUUCACCGCUGAGCCUGGCAACAAUGAGCUGACUGUUCAAGAAGGUGAAAUACUCACGAUCACUAACCAGAAUGUAGGCGGUGGCUGGGUAGAGGCUCGGAAUUCCAGAGGAAAUGUAGGCCUGGUGCCAGAGGACUAUAUUGAGGUCAACCAUGGUUCCACACAAGCAUCAGCGACGCAGCACGUUGAUGCUCACUAUCAAGGUUACAACAACAGCUCAGCAAACACUAAGGGGGUUAAUGGAAAUGAGGCUUGGACUGCCACAACAUGGUCCAACAACAACCCUGUGGACAACUGGAACACUGAACAGGAACCAGCAGGCAAUAAUGGUUCUGUCUAUUCUUUUGAUGAGGAAUGGGACGAUGACUCAGAUGAUGGAAAGUCAACAGGCGGUUAUGGAGGUUCCCAGGUGGAAGAGGGCGGAACGAUGCAGCGAGGCGGGGGUCACUCUACAAUGAAAAUCUCUCUCAACAAGUUUCCAGGGUUCUCCAAGACCCCAAAUCCAGAGCUGUUUCUGCUUACCAAGCACAUAGUUAAAGGAAAUGACAGACUGCCAAUUUAUGCUGGAGAGGUGGGUCCUGUAUGGCUGUAUCCACAAACUUCGUUAGAUUGUGUGGUGGCUGAUCCCAAAAAAGGUUCAAAAAUGUAUGGCCUGAAGAGCUACAUUGAAUACCAGGUCACACCUAAUACUACAAACAGACCUGUCAAUCACAGAUACAAACACUUUGACUGGUUAUAUGAAAGGCUUGUGGAGAAGUUUGCCUGUGCUCUACCCAUCCCAUGUCUGCCUGACAAACAAGUUACAGGCCGAUUUGAAGAGGAAUUUAUCAAAAUGCGCAUGGAACGCCUGCAGGGCUGGAUGUCCCGCAUGUGUCGACAUCCGGUGAUCUCAAACAGUGAAGUUUUCCAGCUCUUCCUUAACUACAGAGAUGAGAAGGACUGGAAAGUAGGGAAGCGGAAAGCAGAGAGAGAUGAAACAGUGGGAGUGAAAAUCUUCUCUACCAUAGAUCCAGAGCUGCCAGAGUUAGAUCUUACUCAAGUGGAGCAGAAGUAUGAAACGUACAGCCAGUUUAGUAGAUCUAUGGACAACAGUGUUAAAGAACUACUGGCUAUUGGGCAUCUUCACUGGAAGAGAUGUACAGGCCCAUUGCAAAAGGAGUAUCGGCAGAUUGGAAAAGCAUUUCAGAAUCUGUCAUCAGUUUUCAACACCAGUGGAUACCCGAGGGAAUCAACUCUGACAGAAGCAUUAACUGCAACAGGGAAAACAUAUGAGGAAAUAGCAGACAUUGUUGCAGGACAGCCAAAAAAAGAUCUACACUUCCUGUUGGAAACAAACACAGAAUACAAGGGACUACUGGGCUGCUUCCCUGACACAAUAGGAGUUCACAAGGCUGCCAUUGAUAAAGUGAAAGAGGCUGAUCAUUUGGUGGCAACGAAUAAGAUUAGCCCACAAGAUAGACACACUAUGGAAAAGAAUCUCAGCACCAUGUCUUAUGCAUUGCAAGCGGAGAUGAAUCACUUCCAUAGCAACCGUAUCUAUGACUACAACAGACUCAUGCAAUUCUAUCUGGAGGAACAGGUGAAAUUCUAUGAAACGAUAGCUGAAAAGCUGAAGAAAACGCUCGGUCAGUAUACCACCAUGUGAGGAGACGCACUAUAAACAGCAAUACUCGUCAAACUCUGGAACAUCAGAAAAGAAGCUGCUUUUGCUUUUUUAAUGCUAAUUCACAAAUAACCAUCUUGUUUUUAUGGAACCCCUAAAGGGACAUGGUGAAUGAAAAAAAAGGAGAUAGGAGGAAAAAUGACCCAUGUCAGUGCUUUUGCGUUCCCUUGAGAAACUUUGCGUCGAAUCUUUUGCGAGCGAACGCAAAGUUUCUCAGGGGAAUGCCUAACUUUUCCAUAACUUGGGUGAACGCAAAGAUUUUGUGAAGGAACGCAGAGGUUUUGCGAGCGAAUUCAAGGUUUCUGCAAUGCAAAAGCAUUUUCCUCCCUUAUCAUAUUUUUAGCAUCACCAUGUCCCUUUAGGGGCUCAGAAUGUUUCAACUUAGACUGACAUAGAAAAUGUAGAUUAUAAGGGAACAAACAAUGCACAUCAUAUGACGUUAUUCAUUAACCAAAUAUUUUGUUCACAAGAACAAGAGAAAUUCAAAUCUUAACUGUCAUUUAAGAUAAUGUAACACUCCCUAACAAAUUAAGAUUUUUAAUUUUCUGUGUAAAAUGAGGUCUCUCAGGGAUGCAUACGCUCAGACUGGGCCUUCUAAACCAAAAUGGAGUUUAUUAACGUCUUGAAUAAUUUGUCUGACAUUUUCUUAUAGUAUGUGAAAUGAAAUAUGUCAGAGAUUUAGAAGUGGUAUGUAUUGGAUAAAAGCAAUAAGGACACUGUCUUUUACCUGUGGUAAAAUGUUCUAUGCAAAACAAAACUAAAAUGUCUCUGUCACACUCAGUGUAUAAAAUGUGUUUUUAACUAGCCCUCCAGUGUGUAAUAAAUCUUUCUUUAUACCUUU